GGUGGCUGUAAUAAACUAUGUUCCAUCUGCAAAAUCACCAAGGGAUACUCCAUUAGUUAUCUAAAUCUAAUCUGGGACCAAAGGCUCUUUAAGUGUAGAGAAAUGUGCUGAUCUUUACUGCGAUAAUGCAUGCAAGACAGCCAGAGUUUUACCGCAUAUGCUGUGGUCAUUAGGAGUCAGAUCAUGAAAUUGUAGUACUAUAAUAAAGCCACAGACUUACUGCAGCUUUUGCUGGGGUAAAAAAAGGUUUAGGACUUGAAAGGCAUGCAAUGUGAGACAUAUCUAAUUUUAAAUGUUGAAUAAGUGCCAUUUAAACCAGACAGGGAUAGCCAGGUGCCAAAAGAGAGGAUUAUAUAGAUUAAAUAAUAUUUAUACAAGUCAAGUCCGAUUUAUUUAUGAAUAUGAAAGCAUUCAAAAACAAUCAGAACUGCUAAAUCUUAGUUUUGGUAAAGUGUCUUUUAAAAGAUGGUUCAUCAUCGUAGGUAUUGUGUUUCAUGCGGUUUCAACUUGAUGGAUGACCCUGAUGAGAAGACGGUCAUGUCCCUCAUCAUUUUAAACUUUAUGCACCACAGAUAUGCAGCUGGCCACUAAGAGGGUCACAGGAGAGACCCAUGGGUUAUCCCGACAUGACAAAUGCCCCCUAAAAUAGCAAUACUCUAAUCCUGUUGAUAUUUGGUUUUAUGUAAAUUGCUCUACCCAUGGUGCACUUGUUGCCAAACAAUAAAAUCUGAGCCGCAUGACGUACCACUGGCGCUCUGAAUUUCGAAUCAUAUGUUCUCGCAGUGGAACAGUUUGUAGAGAGGUUUCUAUGCAACAGAGGUUAAGUGCGCUUGGUCAUAACCCCUGAUCUGACUGAAGGCCAGUUUGUUUCUUUCUAGCCAGGUUCUCUGCAAAAACACAAGCGGAACAUGGAAGACACACGGGAGGAAGCAUCUGGACCUGAUGCCCCUGCACAGGUCACCCAGCCAUGGACGUUUUCCAAAUCAUCUUUGAUUAGAAAGCUGAGACAGCACUUAAUCAGUUCACGAUCGAGGCCCACCAUGGCGACGCCGAGCUCCAGUGGACUCGAGGUGCUCCUCAGCACGUUGCAGAAUGCUGGAGAUGUUGAGAACAUGCUAAACAUCCUCAAUGUCCUGGAUGAACUGUUGUCAGCAGGCACAGACAGACGGAUUCAUCAUAUGAUAUCAAAAGGAGGCAGCGAGGCUCUCCUGACGGCUCUGGUGAACUCAGCCCGCAGCUUCACGCCCAACUACACCAUCCUACUGCCCCUGCUGCACCUGCUGGCCAAGGUGGGCUACCGAGAUCGUCAGAUUGGUCUGAAAGCACAGAAGGCAGAUGCAGUUCUGGUGGUUCUGGGUUUGCUGCGGCAGAAUACAGAGAAGUCCCGGAGAGCCGCAGCCUGUCUUUGGGUCCUUAGAGUCUUCUGCUCCUCUGUGACCACGGCUGACCUGCUGGGGAAGAACCGAGGGCUGGAUGUGGUCUUCAAGCUUAUAUCUCCACACACCACCAAGCACUUACGCACCGUCAAGGCAGCCGCUGACGCUUUUGCUGCAAUGCUAUGCUCAAAGGUCAACUGUCGGACUGCCGUCGCAAAAGGCUACAUUGCAGAUCUUCUGAAGCUGUACGAAGACUGGCACAACAGUGACGUCAACCUUAUGAGCAUUCCUAUCCUUAGAGCUCUACUUCAUUGUCUGCAGCGUGCUGCCAACUCAGUUGUGGGCAGAGAUGCCCUGGUCGCUGAAGGUGGCAUUAGUCUUCUCUUCCAGACCACUCAGAAUUGCUUGACCAUGAAAGGCCUCGAAUCUCUGGUGGAACCGGCGAUCCAGCUGAUGAGGAAGUGCAAUCCCAAAGUCCCUCUUCCACUGACCUCAGAUAAGAGCGUCUUCAGCUUUCCUCUUCCUGGGAGGCCUGUCGAUGACCAGGAUGCUGAUUUAGGACUUUACGAUGGCAGUUUGGAAGAUGACAGUGACGAAGACGAGGAGCACGAGGAGCCAGACAACAGGGACUACGAGGAUGACCUGGAAACAGAUGUGAACAAGCUGCGUCCCCGACCAGAGCCUGACCGGCCCCUAGAUCAGCUGGGUCAAUAUGUGCGUCUCUGCCCUGAGCUGCACCAUGACUUCCAGGAUUUGGACUCCAGCUCUGAGGUCGAUGAAAGCUCAGAUGAUGACAGCACUCAGGAGGGAGACUUGAACGACAAGAUGCCGAGUGAGGAGAGAGACACCGAUCUGCCCUUUGACAGAGAUGAAAAUCACCUACGGACGAGUGAAUUCCAUAAGCAUUACCUCAACUGCUCCAGGAAAGGCCAAGAAGGCCACUCUAGUAUGGUGGAUAGGCUUCUGGAGAAGUAUGGGAUUGUCACUCCCAACCACGAUCCACGUCUCUACACUGCCACUGCAGCCAAUACAAAGUCUAUAGCUGGAUACUCAAUCCUAGCCUUCCCUGACUUCUGGGGACACCUGCCCCCACAAGAGCAAGAGCCCAUGGCUAAAAGACCACCACAUGUGCAGAGAAAGAAGGUUUUCGAGGACAUCCAGCGCCUCAUCUGUCCAGAGGACAUCAUCAACAAGGUUGUUUUUGACAUGGAUGAUCCCAGUCCACAGUGUUCCUCCGAUAUGUGUCCCAGUUCUCUUCAAUUCUUCUCCAAAUUUGAGAGCGGGAACCUGCGUAAAGCCAUUCAAGUCCGCAGUCAUGAAUAUGAUUUGAUUCUCAAUGCUGAUGUCAACUCCUCUGCACACUGUCAGUGGUUCUAUUUUGAAGUCAGCGGCAUGGUGGCCGGCGUGCCUUAUCGUUUUAACAUCAUCAAUUGCGAGAAAGGGAACAGCCAGUAUAACUAUGGCAUGCAGCCCGUGCUGUAUUCUGUGAGGGAGGCGUUGGAGGGCAGACCACACUGGGUGCGAACAGGCUCUGAGAUCUGCUAUUACAGAAACCAUUUCUGCCCUAGAAGAGGUCAACAAGGUUCUUUUUACACACUGACCUUCACGGUGACCUUUCGCCACGAAGAUGACGUGUGCUACUUGGCCUACCACUACCCUUAUACCUACACCACCCUUCAGACCCAUUUGAAGAUGCUGGAGAAGUCUGUAGACCCACGGAAAGUUUUCUUCAGGCAACAAAACCUCUGCGAUACGCUGGCGGGAAACUCCUGCUCUUUAGUCACGAUCACAGCCUGCCCCACUUCCAGAGCCUGGAAACAUCUGCACCAGCUGCGUAACCGGCCAUGUGUGGUGCUUACAGCAAGGGUUCAUCCAGGAGAGAGCAAUGCCAGCUGGGUACUGAAGGGCACGCUGGAGUUCUUGUGCAGCAGUGAUCCUUUAGCCGAGAGCUUGAGAGAGGCCUACAUCUUUAAAAUCAUCCCCAUGCUCAACCCUGAUGGGGUCAUUAAUGGCAAUAAUCGCUGUUCUCUCACAGCGGAGGACCUCAACAGACAGUGGCUGAAGCCGGACCCUACUUUAAGCCCCUCAAUUUACCACGCCAAAGGCUUCCUUUAUUACCUCAACAGCAUAGGCAGGACUCCAAUGGUGUUUUGCGAUUACCAUGGUCACUCCAGGAAGAAGAAUGUGUUUCUCUAUGGCUGCAGUAUGAAGGAAACCCUGUGGCAAUCUGGUUCUCCCAUUAACACAGCCUCCCUGAAAGAAGACCCGGGAUACAGGACUAUCGCUAAAACUCUGGACCGAAUAGCUCCUGCGUUCUCCUUCAACAGCUGCAACUAUCUGGUGGAAAAGUCUCGGGCAUCCACAGCACGAGUGGUUGUUUGGAGGGAGAUCGGGGUCCUCCGAAGCUACACCAUGGAAAGCACUUACAAUGGCUGCAAUCACGGCAUCUACAAGGGGUUACAGACAGGGACGCGGGAGCUGGAGGAGAUGGGAAUGAAGUUCAGCCAGAGUCUUCUCACCCUCAGGAGUAAUACCAUCCAUUAUAACAGCCAUCUGAUUCACCACACAUAUGCCCUGUUAGACGUGGACGACAGGCUACUCAACCACAAAUCCAAUAAUUGUUUCGAGGACGAUGAACCACCCUGCACGGAGGAGAUUGAAUAUUCAUCCUGCAGUGACCCAUUUGGUGCCAACGAACUAGACAUGGAGGUGAACGGUAACACCUCCAGUGAGGAAGAGGAUGAAGAAGAUGCAGAAAUCUGUAGGAACGGGAGGCGGUGUAAUGACAGGAAGUCUCAUCUCGUUCCUCACUGCUUGAAACAGGACGCCCUGGAGACUCUGACAAUCGAGGCUGGACAGUGUAAUGGCAUUGACAUCAGUAAUGGCUACUUACAUUAGGCCUGUUUUGUUUGUCUGUUCUGUUAAACCAAAACAUUUAGUAUUUAGUCCGAGAAACUAAAUAAGACAUGCACACCUGCAGAACAUUUACUAGUCCCUUUACCUGUGCUCCCUGAUAUAAACUAUUUGAAUACGCAUUGCAUAAUCCUAAUGGCGUGAUGAGCUCAUGCUUUGGUUAAUGCAUUGGGUUGGUUUACGAAUCGCUCUUAUUCUAAACUAGAGGCUGGUAGCUUGCUGACAAAAGUACUCUGCUGUAUAAGUGGUCUUCUGCUGAAACUCGAAAGUAAACACUUGAUAUUGCAAGAUAGCACUGCAUAUAAAGUUUACCUUUAAUAAUAUGUAUUUAUUAUCUUAGAUUGUGAAAACCAGUAAUCAUGUGUGUUUUUAAGGUUAUUAGUUCCAAAGUGAUACAUGUAUGUUAGUGUAUAAAAAGUAACUGUAUGACUUAGUUUCGUGAGUGUGUGUGUGUGUGUGUGUGUGUCUGUGUAUAUAUAUAUAUAUGAAACAGUAUAAAGAGACACCAAAUUAAAUUCAAAGUAAAAUACUGUCAGAUCAAUGUUGUUUCCCUCCUCCUCCCAUCUUAUCCAAUUUAUGCAGACAUAGAGGUUUCGGUGGAGAAAUGUGUUUUACAAAAGCCAGCCUUUGAGCCAGAUUUCAUCCAAAUUCUAUCCAGAAUGUUUUGUAUAAUGAGUUCCGUCAUCUCCGCUCAAUUGGAUUCACACAACCAUUGGUUUGGACCGUAGCUAAAAAAGACUAACUCAUGUCAGUCCAUGUUCAAAUUAAGGAUCCAAUAGAAGCCUGCAAUUGCAAUUAGAUACUGACACUUUUUGCUCACAGGGAAUUGUGCCAUUCCGGAGUAAAUUUGCAGUUUCAUCUUCGGUCUAUCAGACAGAAGUUUGAUAAUCAACAAUAUUAUUGUAUUUCCAUAAAUGUUUGUUUGUUUUAUGAAUAUAGCCAUGCUAUGAAUUAGGGGUGCUCCAAUCACUCAGUUGUUAACUGAGAAGAUGCGCCAAAAUAUCUUCUCUAUUAACAACGGCUCUGUGUAGUAACAGCUGCUCUAUGUGAAAUCACGCACCUGAUGGAAUUAACCGCUGAUUAGAGAACCGGCUUUACUGACGAGAUGCGCAUAACGAUCGGCCGAUCGUGAUCGGAGCACCCCUACUAUGAAUAUAAUCCUGGCUAAAGGGUGUUAAGUGCAGCAUGUAGCAUCAGCCUGCAGUCCUUUCAGCCAAGACUGUAUUACUAGUAUAUCACAACCCUGAGUAUCCUAUACUGUAGCUGCAAGCAGAAUUAAUUAAAACUGUGUGCGUGGGUGUAUACAUUGUAUUACAUUAUAUACUCAUUAUUGUAUUUAGCUACAAAAUAUUAAGAAAUUAUUACAAUAAGAAACAUUCUUUCAGAUGAAUUGUUGUAUGUUGUGUAUAUUUAUUUAUGAUAAAUAUUGCACGAGUAGCAGUGCGAUAUGCCUGUAUAUCAGCUCCGCUGUAGGUAAUCACAGUGUGCUGAUAUAUGGACAUAUCUCACUGCUACAAGUGCAAUAUUGCACUUAUACAACAGUUUGAGGACACAAGUGUGUAAAUAUAUAAUAAAUAACAACAGUGUCCCUCCUUAGAAAACCCUACUUUGUGCAACAAUACUUCCUUCCGCCAUGGUUUGACAGUUUCACAGCUGAGCCCGAGCCUCUGUUACUACUUAGAAUCCAUCAUUUAACAACUAGUAACAAAGGAACGAGUUGCUUCAUUAAAAGUAGUUACGAGUUGCUUCUUGAAAAGCAUAUUGUAUUACUGUAGUAAAAGCUCAUGUAGAAUUUUUUGAAAGAGAGCUGGACUGAUGCAUAAUUCAUUCUUCAACUCAAUCUCAUAUUCACAGUAAAAUGUGAGUUUGAAUGUCUGCUGAGGAAAGCGAUAUCUUUGUUGUACUGUCCUUUCAUCUGUUAAGGGUGAUUUCUAAUGACAGCGCUACUCAGUGCAUAUUACAAUUUGUUGUUGAAAGUAAAUAUAAUUUACUUGUUUACA